CAGAAUCCUUUGCGCGCCACAAUAGUUGCCAGUCAUUCUGCCCAAGACACCGAUACAUAAUGAAGGAGACAACAGCAAAGCGACGUGAGAAACCCAAGGACUCCAAAGCCGACAAGCAGAAAGAUGCGGGCCCCGAGCCGCAGGAUGUUGAGAUGCCGGAGGAGGGUGCAACUAACGCGGUGAAGCUGCCCAAGGAACUAGACUCUCUCACGCUGGAAGACAUCAAGGAGCACGUGAAGCAGAUCGAGAAGGCUGUGUCCGGCAAGGAGCCUCGCUUCGUGCUGCGGGCGCUACGUGCCCUGCCCUCCACCAGCCGCCGUCUCAACCCCAACGUGCUCCACAAGGCCGUCACCGGCUUCUACACCGCCAACGCUGCCGGCAAGGACUUCCUUCUGGGCUUCCUGGAGGAGCCCAUGGACACGGAGGGAGAUGUGCAGUUCCGGCCCCGGACAGGGAAGGCCGCCUCCACCCCCCUCAUCCCCGAGGUGGAGGCCUACCUGCAGCUCCUUCUAGUGGUGUACCUCACCAACAACAAGCGCUACACAGAGGCCCAGAAGGUGUCAGACGACCUGCUGCAGAAGAUGGGCUCCCAGAACCGCCGCGCUCUGGACCUGGUGGCCGCCAAGUGUUACUACUACCACGCCCGCGUCUACGAGUUCCUCAACCAGCUGGACACCAUACGCAGCUUCCUCCACACGCGGCUGCGCACGGCGACCCUGCGCCAUGACGCUGACGGCCAGGCCACCCUGCUGAACCUGCUGCUCAGGAACUACCUGCAGUUCAACCUGUACGACCAGGCCGAGAAGCUGGUGUCCAAGUCUGUGUUCCCGGAGCUGGCCAACAACAACGAGUGGGCCCGCUACCUCUACUACACAGGGCGUAUCAAGGCCAUCCAGCUGGAAUACACUGAGGCCAGACGCACGCUGACCAACGCUCUGAGGAAGGCACCCCAGCACACUGCUGUGGGCUUCAAACAGACCGUUCACAAGCUGUUGAUCGUUGUGGAGCUGCUGCUGGGGGAGAUUCCAGACAGACUGCAGUUCAGACAGCCCUCCCUCAAGAGAUCCCUCAUGCCUUACUUCCUGCUCACUCAGGCCGUGCGAACCGGUAACCUGGCCAAGUUCAACCAGGCUCUGGACCAGUUUGGAGAGAAGUUCCAGGCAGACGGCACCUACACACUGAUCAUCCGCCUGAGACACAACGUCAUCAAGACAGGGGUCCGUAUGAUCAGCCUGUCCUACUCCCGCAUCUCCCUGGCCGACAUCGCUCAGAAGCUGCAGCUGGACAGCCCGGAGGACGCUGAGUUCAUCGUGGCCAAGGCCAUCCGUGACGGGGUGAUCGAGGCCAGCAUCAACCACGAGAAGGGCUACGUCCAGUCCAAGGAGACCAUGGACAUCUACGGAACCAGGGAGCCGCAGCUGGCCUUCCACCAGAGGAUCUCCUUCUGCCUGGACAUCCACAACAUGUCUGUCAAGGCGAUGAGGUUCCCGCCCAAGGCCUACAACAAGGACCUGGAGUCAGCCGAGGAGCGUAGAGAAAGAGAGCAGCAGGACCUGGAGUUCGCCAAGGAGAUGGCCGAGGACGACGACGACAGUUUCCCAUGAAGCCCCGCGACACCAGGAGCCAGCAGGAAGUCUCCGUCUAGCUUCCUGUUGGAACAGAACCUCGUUUUUGUUUUUACUGUACAGAUCCCAUUAUUACAUCCAGGGCCAACACCUCACCCACCGCUGCUGGUCGCUGUCUGCUUACUGACCCUCCCCUCAACGCUCUGUCCCCUUACAACAGCCACAAGCCUGGACGUUCAUCUCCUGUCAGAGGUCCUAGUGCCCCAGUAACCCACACUCACACGUCAUGUUGUCCAGGAAGGCUGAGGCCACCAUAUUGUACAAACUGACUAAAUAAAUAAAAAAUUAAAGUUUCAUCGCCGAGUUUCACAGUUGUGAGACUUGUGUCUCUACCGCACCAGCGACUGGGGGCUUGUGGUGUUGGUGCGUCUGUUGGAUUUGAACCCAUUAAAGGGUGUGUGUGUGUGCAGUUGUUGUCGCAGUGGGGUCUAAUGUGGUGAGGAGCCCCUCGUCCCAAACACCCGACGCAUGUCUGUUUUCAUCUGCUCUUGGUCAACAGCCCACUGAUCCGUGAGGGGAGCGCCUCACAGUUCAGCAAGGGAACUCGUUUCACAAUACCAAGAGGAAUCCAGAAAUCUCUGCCUUUUUGUUUUUCCCCAGAUUGCGCUCUGGCUCGGUGUCAUAGUUUAGUUGUGGUCUUAUUACUUCCUGCUUCGUGUACGACUCAUUACUUGACGUGCUGCGCCUUCCCUCUGAAAGUACACUCACUCACGCACGCCAUGAAAUUAGGAGUUCAGAGUUAUAUCAGACGAUCAGCUGUUUCCAUGCGAGAGCGGGUGAAGGAAAGGCAGCUCGAGCUGCAGGUUUUAACAGCUCUCUGCGGCUUUGGGACUGCAUGGCUUUAGAGAAUUAUGAGCCAUUGGUUUCUGUGAGGUGUGACACUAGAAUACUGGUGCAUGUUUUUUUUCCUGCAGUUAUCGAGCAGGAGGAUCAUUUGUGUUAUUAAAGGAUUUUCUAUACACAGCA